AUGUCUUUCCGUAGCAGCUGUACUUGUAAUGAUCAUUUGGCAUCACAAAUACAGCACUUCUUCCAGGUUUAGUUUAUACAGUAGUUGAAAUGAUAAAAGUGCGUUCGCUUUUGACGAACAUGAGGCUACUGAGAUUUUGAGCCUCGGUUGUUAAAGUGACUGCUAGAGUUUAGUUUGGGAACUGAUGGCAUGGCUGUGUGUUGUGGGGAGUGCUGUAGUGUUAUUAACUGUGCUCGUUUUACGAUUGUUUGGGGUUUUGCGACAUGGAUCUGAAUAUAAACCAGGACAGAAGGGCUCAGUGUCAGUCCUGGUGGUGGCAGGAUCAGGAGGACACACAACAGAAAUCGUCCGUCUGAUGGGGAGUUUAUCUCGGUCUUAUAACCCUCGACACUAUGUGAUCGCAGACACCGAUAAAAUGAGCGAAGACAAGAUCCGAACAUUUGAAGCAGAGCGGGAGAAAAGCGUUUUACCCUCACAGUUCACCAUUCACCGGAUUCCUCGCAGUCGGGAGGUGCGUCAGUCGUGGAGUUCCUCCGUUUUGAGUUCUCUCAGCGCUCUGAUGUCUUCCGUCCCGCUAGUCUUUAGGCUUCAGCCGGAUAUGCUGCUGUGUAACGGUCCAGGAACUUGUGUCCCACUGUGUGCCGCUGGGCUGCUCCUGGGCAUCCUGGGCCUAAAAAGAGUCUUGAUCGUCUAUGUGGAGAGCAUCUGUCGUGUGGAGACACUGUCUCUAUCCGGGAAGAUCCUCUACUACUUUUCUGACUACUUUUUUGUGCAGUGGGCACCACUAAAAGACAAAUACCCAAUCAAGAAUCAAAAUUGUCUUGGAAAUACGGCAGUACUGGGCCCACAGCAUGUCCUGGGACAGGACGAGGGUCAGAACAAGGAGGUCACGGUGGUUCUUGGGUAA